UAAAAACUUGUCAGAAUUAAAAAAACAUACAGAAAAUCACAUCAAAAUAUUUCACGCAUAAUGAAAUUUCAUAUCUAUUUAACGCUCGCUAUCAUUUUAUUUGCUACGGCUCUUGUACCAGCUGCUGAAGGAUAUCAUGCUAAAGUUAAAGAAAAAAUGAGCGGAGAAUGUAAGAUUUGGGUUACUGAUCUUAAUGGUAAAUAUGUAGCUGGCGAUAAAAAAUUCCAUCCAUGCAACAACGGUAGAACGUUAGAUAUUGAUACAAAAUCAAAAGACAAAUACAUGCUUCGUGCAACCACAAUUGGUGAAAUAGAUGCAAAAAUUCGUGGACCAUUUAAUACUAAUACAUGCUAUAUCAUUGAAGGUAAUAGUGGGUUUUUGCGUUUGGAACCCUCUGAUGACUGUUAAAAUUGCUACAAACAUAACGAUCAUUUCUUAGAAUUUACUAAGUUAUCAAUAGGAUUUAUAUAGUUAUUCAUUUAAUUAUUUGUUACUUUUUUUUAAUUAUUUAAUGAAACUUUAAUCAAUAAUUUAAUAAAUUAUAAGUAUAGUAAUUAUAGUAU